AACCUAAAAAAAGUCAUCGGGCUCAGCUCCUCACGAAAACGUGGUUUUCUUGGGGGAAACAAACUUUGGCGUUAAAUCUCGUGUGCGGCAACCAAAGCAAACGGAACGGCAAUCCAGCGGCAAUCGGCGCGUCUAGCUCGCGAUCGCUAUGGAAUACAGUGUAUCGGCUUAGCCCUCCCCCGGUUGGCAGGCAAGUCAGCGUGUAGUUAAGCAUUGCAGGAGACGCGAAGAGUAGACUGCUGCUCGGGCGGCGUGUGGAAAUCGCAGUAGGCGGUGUUCCGGGAGUGCGCGUGAAUGUGUGUGUGCAUGUUUGUGUGUAUGUGUGCGAGUGAUAGUGUGGCCGUGUGAUAAGAAAGGAAGGGAGGAUAGAAACCAACCGCCACAGUUGCUUCCAACGCAACCAACCCACCGUAUUCCCUGUGUCCUGCUGCUCCUUUGGACUGUAUGAGGCAACAAAGCCUUCGGCAACGGAGCACCACCAUCACCAGAUAGGUAACCCUGCCACGGGUUGCAGACCACCCCUCUGCUGCCCGGGAACUCAUUGCCCACGAACGUACACCAGCUGUAGCAGCAAUGAUGGCUUCUUCACAGGUGUCGGACGGCACCAGCAACACCGGUAACAACAACAACUCGUCCAGCUCUUCCUAUGCCAAUGUUCUGCUGAACUUAAAGGAGCAAAGCAAGGAUUCGCCCAAUCAACAGACGACCACCGACAACAAGGAAAACAUUGGCAGUGAAGGUGGCCAGUCCGCGGUGCCCACUGCCAGAAACGUCGGUAAAAGUAAAGCGCCCAGCAGCAGUGUCGGUUGCGGCAGCGGCGGGGCUACUUCUGCUGCUGCUGCCGCUACGACCAAGGACACUAUGGUCAGCGUAACGGUGGCGAGUUCGCCGGCCGGUGGCGGCGAAGGCGCACGAGACACGCCACCCAGCGCUCCAGACGCUCCAGAAGCUAGAACCGACGAGCUGGACGAGGAUGAUGCAAACUUCGUGCCGGUCGUUUCGCAUCACAAGCGCGAUAGAAAAGCGAAAGCGGCAGCUGCCGCGGCCGCCGCCGCCGCCGCCGCUGCUGCUGCUGGUGGUGGUGGUGUUGGUUCUGCGGCGGCGGGUACUGCAAGUGCAACGGCUGCUGGAGGUAACGGUAGAACGGUGGUCGGAGAAAAGCCCUCCUCCGCUGGUACUGCAGGAUCAGGUGGCAAUGGGAGAGGGGGAGGUGUUGGACGAAGAGGUCCGGCGUCGGCUGGACAACAACAGCAACAACAGCAGCAGCAGUCCCAUGGUAAAGGUGGAAAGGGGAUCGAUCGAGUAGCCGAUGGUGGAGCGCAUCCGCAUCCACAGCAUCAGGUACACACUUCGUCGGGUGGUAAUGGUGGCACCGGUGGCCCAUACAAGAAGGAUAGUAAACGCAAAUCCAGUGACCGAAACCGUACCCAUGGAAAUGCUCUCGAUGCGGUUAAGGAUGAUAAAGUAGCCUCUGAGAGCUCGGAGAACAAUGGAAACAGCAACAAGCAUCAACAGUUGGUGAGUGGCAGCGGCACGGCAGGGGCUGCCUCCGGGGCAUCCGGAUCACCACCUUCGGAUGAGGAGGAGCGUGGAAAGGAGGAAGCGAAGAAGUUUGUCGAAGCACCACUGCCCAAAGUGAACGCGUGGAAGGUAACUCCUACGGUGGAACCAGCGCCUAUUCCUCUGAACGAGAUCCUUUCUCAAGCCAAGUCAAACCAAUCGAACGUUAAGCCUCCAUCAUCUUCGGGUACCACUUUGGCAACUGCCGGGUCUACAGUACCGCCAUCUUCUCUUAUCGUGGCAAGCGGUGGCGGUUCCGCAGCAGCAGUCGAAGAAAGAACGGGUGAAAAAAUCAAGAACCACAGCAAAGGUGCUUCAGGAAAUGGUAACAACAAAAACGUAGUUAUCGUCCCGAGCAACAGUAAACCAUCGGCUCCUCCUGCGGUAGGUGCUGCCACUGGUGGCAGUCGAUCCGAGAAAAAAAAAUCCAACGCAAAGUCCACGGAUUUCACGACCAACAGCCGCGAAUGGCCAUCGCUGGGGGAGAAGAGAACGGCUAACGAGGGUACGAAAAAGGUAAACGAGUCAACGGUGAUGCCACCAACGAAGGUGACAUCGUCUACCGGAGCAGCUAUUGCAAGUGGAGGCUCUCAGAAAUUGUCAAUCGAAGUUGGUGCGGCUGGUGCUGUAACAUCAUCAUCCUCAUCAUUAUCGCUGCCACACUCGCCGAAAAAGCAAGGAAAGAGUGAACUAGCGGCAACAGAUGAUAGUGGAAGUGUAUCUAUUGCUGCUUCGUCAAAAUCAUCGUCAACCAAUGCCAUCACGAAAAAUGCAAUAAAAUCCGGUGAAAUGGUGGCUGCUGGUGCCUCGGUAGCCACCGAGGGUGCCGGGAAGACGACAAAUGCUUCAACUGCUUCGGGUGAAGCUUCAUCAAAGACUGCACGCACUGCUGGUGGUGGUGCUACUGUUGUCGCCGCAGCAACGACCGGAAGUGAUAAUC